AUGGAUCUAUUAGAUGGCUUAGGCUCACCUCGGUUGAAGAAGAAAACCACAUAUAAGAAGGAGAUUGUUAAGUUUACUGCCGAACAUGUUAUAGGCGAUGCUACGGAGUCAACUGAUAGACCACUUGCGACAAGUAUCCUAAGUAAGGUCCAAAAACGACUUGCAAGAGCUAAUGCAAAGAAUGUUAAUCUUGCUACCGAUAUUUACGAUGGAGAGGAGCUGGAAGCCAGAAGUGAGACCCCUAUUGAGCAAACAUCUACUGUACAAGUAACUCAAAAACUAGCAAAUAAGAAAGAUGAUAGUAUACAAACUGUUUGUGAAGUUAACUCUGAAUUAGCUAAAAUACCUCUACCGAUAAAAUUAGGUGCUGGUGGCAUUUUUGAGUCUAAUAUUUCUUCGGACAGACGAUCAUUGAGUGUUCAGGAGGGAUGUUCAACCGAUACUAAUAAAACUAAUGAUGCUAAAGCACAAGAUACACAGGCGUUUGAUGAUACAGUGGCACAACCUUCUCUUUUCACUGGCUUCAGGGAUAACAAUCCAUUCCAGGAGAAAGUUGAUGUUGAGUAUACACAGACUCAAGUUAUCACAAAUCUCACACAAGACGUUCAAAAUUCAAUCCAUGAUGGGACUCUUGAAAUUGAGGCUUCUGGUAGUUAUAACACCUAUGAUGAUAUUCAAACACAGGGGGUAGACUCUCAGACGAAAUCACCACCUAUACAGUCGGAAGGAGACUGUUUCUUACCGACAGUCCCAGAUAAUGUGGAGAUUCCAAAGAAAAAUGAUAAGCUGCUAAUACACUCUAUACAAGAAGACUUAUAUGCUAAGGAAAAAGAAGUCACCAAGAUUACUGAACAUAAAGAAGAAGCCACUACAGUUUUUCAAGGAAAACAGUUCUCAAAGGAAGACUUCUUAAAGAAUUUUGAUGAACUUUCGCAACAUGAAGAAUCUUCAGAGGAAGAAAGUUCAUGCUCAGCUAAAAGGUCUCCCUCUUUAGAUAGCAUAAAUGACGAUGAUACAUUUGAUGACUUUAACGGAAUAACAAAUGAAGCAACAAAAACUGGAGGCCAUUCAUCACUGAUAAAAGGAGUAGCUGGAAUUCAUGAAUCUGUUGAGCGGCAAAUUGAUCUAGAUAGCGGCUCAGAUGAGGAAUAUGAUGCUUACAAAACAGCAUCUUUAAAUAUGUCGAAAGCAGCUUUGUUACAGAUUAAAUUGAAAAACUAUAAAGCAGCAAAAUCACCUGCAACUUCCAAGGUGGUAACACAGCAAUCGCCAUCUUUAAAAGAACUUAUUCUUUCUUUAAAACAAGCCAAUAGAAAACAGCUGUUAAAUCACAGAAAAGAACUUACCGAAAAACGAGGGAUUACGUUGGAGGAACUAGAAAACGAAAGAGAACAAGUGGAAAACCUGCUAGAAUUAGAAAUUGAACGAAACCGCAGAAUACGCUUACGAGAAAAACAACAAGAGAAGAGAAAUACAGAAGAUAACAUAGCCUAUGAUAGUAAUUCAUCGGAUGAUUUAGAUUCAGAGGUUCCUGAAAGCGAUUGUGAUGAUGAACCUGAAGGAUACAGUUCUCAAAUUGUCACCAAGAAAACUGAUAGCAUUCACGAUGAAGAUGACUAUGAUGCAUUUACAGUUGAAGAUUACGGAGAAAAUGAACAGGAAAAUGUAGCAAUUGGGGAAGAAGAAGAAGAAGAAGAAGAAGAGAUUGUGGUCAAGAAUCGCUUGCGACUUCAUGCCCCAAGAAUCUCGGAUGAGGAGAAAGUUCAGGAAAAUGAAAAGCUUCCCAUCCAUGCAAUUGACCUGGGAGCAUAUGGUAGUAAUUUAAAGCCUACCGCUGUGAGCACUGAUCGAUCGCAAGGCUACCUAUCAUCCAGGAUCAAAAAGGUCGAUAAUUUAUCACCCAAAAAAACCACAGAAAGUCUAGCAAUGUCCAAUACUCCGGACAUUUUAUCUUCACCAGAGCAUGUGCAAGAAAGUGAAGCAGAAGACCCUCCUCCACGUGAACUUAUUGAAGCAUUAAUCAAGAAAAGGCAGUUAUUAGAUGAGAAAGCGAGAAAACGUAGAAAGGAUCUUAAGAGAAAGGGGGUUAACAAGAUGGUUGAAAUAGAAGCUGAUGAAUCAGAAGAUGAAUGGCAUGGUGUAGGCGGCGUCGAUCAAGAUUUUUCUGAUGAAAAUGACUCUGAAUUAGAAAGAAUGAUAGAUGACUACAGCACCGCAAACUUUAGUCGAGAUGAUAUUCGAGAAAUCCUCGCUAAAGAAGAUAAAGAUAAAGACGAACGCAUGGUAAAUAAAAUCCUGCAAGAUAUAAAAACUGGAGGUUUCCGGAAACGAGGCAAAACAGCCUUGGAUCUCAUAUUAAGUGAUGAUGAAGACCAAGAACUUCAAAAGUACAGAGCGAAACGUUUAGAGAAAAUGCGUCAAAAGACACUUGAGAAUGCAGAUGCUACAGAUUUAAAGACAUAUCCUAAAUCACAUCCGUUUUUCCAGAGCAUGGUCGAUGAUGUUAGUUUUAAGGAUGUUGUUGAUACUUCCGAUAAUGAUGCAGAUUUAUCUCUAAAAGCUAGGGACAAACCGAAGGAAAAAACGAAGGUGGUAAUAUCUGAGCAGUUUGUGAGGGAAACACUAUCAUUUUUGUCCAGUACCGACAAUGGUUCUGAUAAUCUCGAAAACAAACGCACUAAAAGCAAUAGCCUUGGUUUAGAGGAAGAAAUGGAGGAAACAGAAGAUAUAUUUAGUUUAAAGCAGCGCAGUACAAUAAAGCUCAUAAACGCCAAAACUCGGCAGUCAAAUAUUCCUGUAAAUUCUGACGACGAAAAUGACGAUUUUCACCUAGGACCUCCGUCAAUAGUAAAAGCUUUCCAUCGGAAGAAAGAUACGAAUGAUAAGUUUAAAGAUGGUAUAAAAAGUGUAAAAAUUGCAUCCACCAAUAAAGUAAUUGGUGCAUCAAGAGCGGCUAUCACGUUUUUGGGAAGGAAGAGGAAAUUGGUACCUCCAAAGAACUCAGCGCGCAAACCUUCUAACCAACUUCUUCAAAACCAAGAUGAACUUAAACGCCGUAAGCUUUUCGAACAAAAUAAUAGCUUUGAAGCUUAG